AUGCUCGACCAUCGUCGUGCUCACGAGAGCAAGAAGACCGUCUCUCGAAAAUCGGCCAAGCGAGAUGCCGAUCGUUUGACUUCCCUGAUUUAUUCGUCACCCUCCGCUAUAUCUGCCUCUCGACAGAACUCCCGCGACGUUUCUCGGAACGCUUCGCGAGACGGGUCUCGUAAUGUUUCCCGUGAUAUCUCUCGAGUUCAAUCCCGUGUCCAAUCCCGGGUUGUUUCUCGAGACGCAUCUAUCAGUCCAAGUAGAGACCAGUCGGAUGAUGAAUAUGAAACGAGCAGCGAGAGUGGAACCUGUCCGAGUACCGCUUCAUGGGACGAACGUGGGUACGAAGAUUUUGAAGCCGGAAUAAAACAAGACAGACCCCUAGCUACUGUUGUGAACGACCUUAUUGACCGGAAACACAACUCACUCCAGGCUCGAGAAGAAAAUCUGGCCGCCUACGGGCGCAUUCUGGCGCGCCACUACGCGGCAGAUGAGAUGGAACACAAUGUGGGAAAUCUUUUGACGGCUUUCUUGCAAAGUAUCAAGCAGGAAUCGACAGAAAAGGAGACAAUUCUAGCGUUGAAGGCGAUAGCGCUUACGGCGGUAACGACGUUGAGCGGUGCCGUGUACGACAAGACAGGCUCGGUUGUUCGACGGAAGAUAGCCGGCUCUUCGUCUCUUGCGAUCAAAUCAGCUGCGAUACGCUGUUUGGGUGCAUCUGCGUUCUUCGGCGGUGCAUCCGAAGAUGAAUUGUUGGACGAGAUGGAAUUUUUGAUGGAAAUUAUCAUGUCAGACGGCCACUUUAUUGAAACUCCAGACGAUCCGGAAAUCGUCACGGCAGCUCUGCAGGAAUGGGGCCUCCUUGCAACCGGAGUCGAUGACUUGGAACAUCUCAGCGAAGACGCAAUGGAGACCUUUGCGGAUCAGCUCGACAGCACCGAGCCUGAGGUGCAAACCGCAGCAGGGCAAAACAUCGCACUCCUCUACGAGAAAAGCUUCUCUCCCCAAGAAGAAGACGAAGAAAUCGACGAGUCAGAAUAUGAUCUACAGAUCUCCCACGAUGAUAUCUCCCAGGAUGAUUACCGUGACGACAACGGCGCGCUGCUCGUACAGCGCUACAAGCCGUAUCACAACACACCUGCCAUCGAAGGGAAGAUCCAGGACCUUGCCAAAAUAUCCGGUCGUCACAUUAGCAAGAAAUCCAAGCGCACCCUCCACAUGCACUUUGACGCUAUCCUUACGACCAUUGAAAACCCGCGUCACGGUCCGCGAUUCAGACAGUCCAUCGACCACGAGAAGAGCGAGUCCUACGGCACCCGUGCUGGGCUAAAAUUCCACCGCUUCGCACCCUUAAAUCUCAACAGAUGGUGGAAAUGGUGCAGAAUGGCUGCGCUGCAGAGGCUGUUGGCAGGCGGCAUUGUUGAACAUUAUCGCGCGAAGAGCAGAGCCAUUGUCGAGUAUCUACCGGGGCUAUCCAUGGAUGCCCCCGAGAAAGGAAGACAAAGACGUGGGAAGGAUCGAAGGAAAGUGGGAGAGUCGAGUGGUAGAGGUGGAGAGAUGGGAAUGCUAUACGAUACCUUGCACGGUUAA